UGUCUAUCACUUACAGCAAACGGAAGUAUCUUUCUCGUGCAGGUUUUGUUGGGUUAUUGGGGCUAGAGCCGGGGUAUGACGCUGUAAGAGAAUUUUCUGUACAAGAGUUCUCACUUCUUAAGCAGCUUCGUGCUGAGCAGGUAGCUUCAAACCAGCCGUGGUCGAACAGUAAUGUUGUGUCCAUGAUACUGUAUAAUUGUGCUGUGGAACGUCUGGACAAUAGUGCACUCAAUAUCCGUAAGCGAGGAUUUAGAGCUGUUUCUAGACGUAAACCUGCUAUUGAUGACCAAUUGAAGAAGAAACCUAUUGUCACUGAGCAGCGAAUCAUACUAACAACAGAAAAAACAAUAUGUGACGACGUGGUGACCCCUGAUGAAGACGCAUUGAUGCAAAAUCUCUUUGCAAUGCUGCGCACUUUGACGUUAAAGCACAAAACGCAACUUUAUACGCUCGUAUAUACCUUCGCUGCAGCCAAUGUGAUGGUAUCAAGCCAAAAUCGAUAAACCUGCUGCAUCGUCGGUGGGAAGGUUUGAAGCGAGCUCAAAAUCGAGAUAAGAAGAAAAAGGUGGAUGUCAUUGUCGACGAUCGCGAUAUCGCAGUGGGUAUUUCUCAAACUCAUCCCGCCAACAGUGCAGCUACUUUGUCAAAUAGAAUUAGCCGUCUCCUCCAGCCUGACGAGGAAUCCAAAUCCCCGGCAAGUUCUCGGCAGCUCAAUACAACUGAACAUGACCUCAAUGUAGGUACCGAAAACAUGGUACACGCUGAGCCCAUAUCUGCGUGUCUUGCUUCAACCGAAGCGAGUCCGAUUGCAAAUAAGCAGUCAGCAAAUUUAAUGAGUGAGACUCUGUCUACAAUAGUGGAUAUGAUGCCUGUGCUGGACGAUACACUCGCUAAUCAUUUAAUGGAUAUCGCGUCUAAAUUUCCGAAGCAUACACGUGGAAAAUAGCCCCUGCUACUCGCCGAAUUUCGGCGAUUAAAACCCCAGUCUGUGAUAUCGAAAAAUGCACUGCGCAAGCAUCUAGCGAAAUACCAAAAGCGAAAGCAUCCUGGCCCAGAAGCUGUAACCACACCAGCAGUUGAAUUGCCAGUUCUUAACCAAACGGAAACCACAGCGUCUGUAGAAGCAAACCCCAAUAAACGGCCACCGCCAUCAUGCAGCAGUUGUCGAGAACGCAAAAGAAAAUGCGGGCCGUCCAGCACUAACCCACAGUGCGAACGUCGCAAAAGUGCUCAACACACACCGAUAUCUUCAUUUUUUAGUCAAACUUGAUUUAUCCGUACGUAAUUUAGUCUACAUUUUAUGCAAUACGCACUACACAACAAACCACAAUAUAAUUUGUUACCAC